CUUGAACUGUACUAAAACCCGCUACAUCCGUCCAAAUGUCAUCCGUUGGUCUGCCUGUUCGCGUCUUCGACUGGAAAUCAAUCCUACCAGCAAGUCUUUCCGAUCUUGUCAGCCAACACAAGAGAAGCUUGUAUCAUGGACUCGUCGCACCUUAGCUGGUUGAUCAUCCGCGAUCAUCAUGCCUACCUGAUGAAGCAGAAGAACAUCCGGAAGCCGUUCAGCACGGAGCCGGGCAAUCUGAACAACUUGAGCUCGUACCGCUACAGUGGGCUGGUCCACAACAAGACCAUCACCAUUACGCCGGCUGAGAAGAAGGGCAUCAACUUCGUCUACAGACGCGCGAAAAUGGCUAACAAGCCAGCUAGGGCGCCAGUAAAGGUGACCCUGAAGCAGGGACCGCGUCGUACGCUGAAGAAGAUUUCCAACACGAUCAAGGCCAGCAAGUACCGGUCAGAUCUGCGACAGGCCGCUCUUCGCCGUGCCAGUGCGAUCCUUCGUUCGCAGCGUCCCAAGAAGCCCAGGAAGGGCAAGGCUGGAGCUGCUCCGGCAGCCGCUGCUGCCGCCGGUACUACCGCCGCGGCACCUAAGAAGGCCGAGUAAGGAACUCGGGUAGGACGCUUAUUCUGUCGG